GUUUUGCCAGCACAGUCCGUUGGAAUGUUUUCUGCCACGGCAUCUGCAACGCGGCCGGAUGACGCGUUGGUGGCGUCGAUCGAGGUGGAAGUCGGCAAAGAUGGCUUCAAGCCUAAAGCACGUGAGUCUCGUGAGAUGGGUAUCGACAUUGUCAACAGUGAAAGCCCAGUCGUUCACGCGCAUGUUGACACUGUUGUUGCUGUCGUCCCAAACGAAUCCAUCGACACCACCACGUCGCCUGACAUCAUUCCAAUGCCGGCUACGGCCAUGACUGCCGACGAAACAAGUUCUGACUACUUGCCUGCACAACUUCAUGCCAAUGCUGUGGAAGCUGAAGGCGGUGUGGUACAUGACGUAGUGGACGACAACGUGGACGACGACAACGACAUCCUCGAACCGUCGGAAGCGUACCUUGCACAGUGCUAUGCCCUUGGUAUUCUCUCACGAGGCAAGUUUAACGAUCUCGACAACUUUGAACUACUCAAGGACAAGGUUCGUCAAUUGGCCCUUCGCUCGGGGUUUCGUGUACGCGUACAGCGACCGUCUUCCGGCCAUCGCCGUGUGUGGAUAUGCAAAAGUAAGCCACGAUGCCCGUUUGCGAUCGUCGGCAACAAGAAUCGGCGGGGAGUUAGCCUUGUCACGAAGCUUGCGCACAACCAUACGCUGCACUUCUCCGCGGACAACGCCCCAGCCCUCAGCCUCUGCGAAGCAUCAACGCAAGAGAUGGCGACGUUUGUGCGGAACUCAGAGCUAUAUGCAAACUCACCUUCUGUCUCGAAGAUCACAGCCCAACAGAUCUCUAACGUCGUCCACGCCAAGACAGGCUACCACAUCAACGCGAUGAGGGCAAGUCGUAUCAAGCACAUGCUUCUCGACGACCCCGAGCGCUACUUUGUGCCUGGCAUGUCGGUUCCAUUCACGAGUUCUAGCGCCACAGAGUCUUCGACAACCGCAACAGGAGCAACUGUGUGGAAGACGCUGGCGGAAGCGAUUUGGGACGGCUUUAUGAUCGUGGUAAAUGACCCUGUCACAGUGCAGUCUGUGGGAGUCGCUGCCGUCAAGAAGAUGGUGACAACGUUCAAGAAGCCCUUGCACAAAGACACCCUACGAAGCAUCAUUCUCAUGUCGUGCCCGAAUCCCGAAGCACUGCCGUCGUCGACGUCGAAUCGUCCGAACCCCAUCAAGUUUUUGGACGCAUUCCACCGGCACGAGCAGUUUGGGUUUUUCGAGUGAUGUGUACCUUGUAAUUGGUGGAAUUCUUGCUCGGUUUAAAUUUAUAUCCAAUGAAACUUAG